AUGCCAGUGUCAAUCCCUCUCCCGUCUCUUCUGGCCUCGGCCACAGGUAUUGCAGGCUCAGCUUGGGCUUCAGGUUUCAUAGCUUCGCUCUCCCUCGCCGGCGUUCCGGGCGCUCUCCAACUCUCAGCGCCAUCCAGCACAAUCGUAUGGCACCAACUCUUUAGCCGCGGUUUCGCCCUCAUGCCCAAGUUCGCCGUAACAACAACUGCAGUCUAUCUCUACGCCGCAUACACAGCCCAGCAACAAGGUCGUCCCUGGAAGGGCUUGGUGGUUGGCGCAGUUUCGACAGUCUCUAUCAUUCCAUUCACGGUUCUCUUUAUGAGUUCGACAAACGAGCUCUUGUUGAAGGCGGUAGCCGGGACUUUGGAGGCUUCGUCGGAGGAUGUGGCCAAGUUGAUCGGACGAUGGGGAUUUUUGAAUCUGGUGCGAAGCUUGAUUCCCUUGACUGGAGCUGCUGCUGGCUUCUCAGCCUUAUUUUCGACUCUAUAG